ACGCGUUUUACUGUUUGAGUUUCUCGCGUUUCCAGCUAAUGUUCGAACAGGGAAAAGAUAAAAAUGCAGUCAUUUUGAUGCUGGUGCGUAGUUGUUUAAACAUAGAUAAAGAGAAAAAAACUACAAAUCCCAGUAACUGACGUCAUUACGUAUGUACGUCUAGCAACGGCGAACAGCUAAAGGAAAAAACAGCCGCUUCCGUGUUGUUCUUGUGUUAUUUUGUAAAAUAACUGUCGUUAGCGGAGUCAAAGCUCGCCUGACAGCCUCGCCGGAGUGUGAAUAUCAUGGUUUUGUGAAGCUGACACACAGCGUCAGCCUUUUUUCAGCCAAAAUGUCGCUGCUGCAGAGCUCAAAGAAAAAAGACAAGCGUAUUUUGUCUGGUACCUGCCCAGACCCGAAAUGUCAGGCGAGGCUUUUCUUUCCUGCUUACGGCUCCGUUAGCAUCGAGUGUACCGAGUGUGGUCAGCGCCACGAGCAGAAGAACCUGCAGAACGUUGAGGAAGUCACCGACCCCGAUGUCGUGCUUCACAAUCUGCUCAGAAACGCCCUGCUCGGCGUCACCGGGGCCCCGAAGAAGGGGACCGAGCUGGUGAAAGUGAUGGGGCUUUCUAACUACCACUGCAAGCUGUUGUCGCCCGUGCUCACCAGGUAUGGCAUGGACAAACAAACCGGCAAAGCCAAGCUUCUGAGGGAGAUGAACCAAGGGGAGAUGUUUGACUGUUCCAUCCUGGGAGACAGAGCUUUUCUCAUUGAGCCGGACCAUGUUUCCACCAUAGGCUAUGGCAAAGAUAGGUCAGGGAGCCUUAUAUACCUCCACGACACUCUGGAGGAGGUGAAGAAAGCCAACGGCAACAGAGAGUGUCUCAUCCCGGUGCAUGUGGACGGAGACGGGCACUGCCUGGUCCACGCUGUGUCCAGAGCCCUGGUGGGGAGAGAACUGUUCUGGCAUGCCCUCCGUGAAAACCUCAAACAGAACUUCAAGCAGAAUCUGGAACGCUACAAGGCACUUUUUCAGGACUUUAUAGAUGCUGCAGAGUGGGAGGACAUCAUCAACGAGUGUGACCCUCUUUUCAUCCCACCUGAAGGCGUACCCCUUGGACUACGCAACAUCCACAUAUUUGGCUUAGCCAACGUCCUCCACCGACCCAUAAUUCUCCUGGACUCCCUGAGUGGGAUGAGGAGCUCCGGGGACUAUUCUGCCACCUUCCUGCCUGGACUGGUGCCGGAGGAGCAGUGCAAGGGGAAAGAUGGGAAGCUGAACAAACCCAUCUGUAUCGCUUGGAGCAGCUCCAGCAGGAACCACUACAUCCCUCUGGUGGGAAUCAAGAACACGGUGCUGCCAAAGCUGCCACCCCGUCUGCUGCCAAAGGCCUGGGGCGUCCCUCAGGACCUCAUCAAGAAGUACAUCAAGUUAGAAGCGGAUGGGAGCUGCGUGAUUGGCGGAGAUCGCAGCCUGCAGGAUAAAUAUCUGAUGAGGCUAGUUAACGCCAUGGAGGAGGUAUUUAUGGAGAAGCACAGCAUCCACCCGUCGCUGGUGGCUGACGUGCACCAGUACGUCUACAGGAGGACUGGCGUGAUUGGCAUCCAUCCAGAGGAGGUCACAGAGGCGGCAAAGAAGUCAGUGAUGGAAAAUCGGCUGCAUCGCUGCCUGAUCUGUGGCGCCCUUUCUGAGCUCCACAUCCCACCGGAGUGGCUGAUUCCCGGCGGUAAGCUCUACAACUUAGCCAAAUCCACACACGGCCAGCUGCGGCCGGAUAAGAACUACAGUUUCCCCCUCAACAACGUGGUCUGCUCUUACGACCCCCAAAGGGAUGUUCUCCUCCCAGACUACAAACUGAGCUCCCUCAACACCUGCAACUGGUGUCACGGCACGUCAGUCCGCCAUAUCCGUGGAAACGGCUCGGUGGUUUAUCUGGAUGGGGACAGAACCAACACCCGCUCCCAGGGAGGGAAGUGUGGGUGUGGCUUCAAACACUACUGGGAGGGGAAGGAGUAUGACAACCUCCCCGAAGCCUUCCCCAUCACGUUGGAGUGGGGGGGUCGGGUGGUGCGAGAGACAGUGUACUGGUUCCAGUAUGAGACUGACCCUUCAUUGAACAGCAACGUGUACGAUGUGGCCAUGAAGCUCGUCACAAAGCACUUCCCGGGCGAGUUUGGCAGUGAGAUCCUGGUGCAGAAAGUGGUCAACACUAUCCUCCAUCACACGGCCAAGAAGAACCCGGACGAAUACAACCCCGUGUCCAUUGACGGGGCUCAUGUCCAGCGCCUCACUGAUGCCUCAGAGUCUCAGCAGCCGGCGGACCCCCAGCCGCCCACAAAGAUCAUCCUGACGGGACAGAAAGCGAAGACGUUGCACAAGGAGGAGCUAACGAUGAGCCGAGCAGAGCGCAGCAUCCAGCAGAGCAUCAGCGAGCAGGCCUUCGUCACCCAGAAGCGUCGGACUGACAAACUGAAGCAGGAGCAGAAAGGCCAGGGCCGGACUUCUUCACCCGGAGGCUCUCCAGAAACCUCCUCCUCUUCAGCUCCAGCCACACCCACCAAGUCCUCCUCCCCGUCUUCUUCCAGUAAGGAGAAAAAGAUUCGCGUGACUACGAGCGACGGCAGACAGGCCAUGCUGACUCUGCAGGCCCACACGACCUUCUCUGAGCUGCAGAGGAGCAUCAGCAACCAGUUCAGCGUGCCGCCGGCGCAGCAAUGCAUCCGCUACGGUUUCCCACCUAAGGAGUUGGUCCCACCAAAAGAUGGUGAGGAAAACGAGCCAGUGGCGCUGCAGCAUGGUGACAGGGUGACUGUGGAGAUCCUAAAAGGCCCAGAGGACAAGAGCCCUGCGGCCUCCAUUCCCCGAGCCUCCAGCUCGCACUCUGCCCUGCAUUCAGUGAAGAGCGAGGACGCCGUGACGCCCGGAAGAAUGAGCAGCCGGGAACUCCAGGACAGCAUCGACCUUGAGAUGUCCUCCCUCUGUCUCCUAGCAACGUUGAUGGGUGAGGAUGUUUGGUCGUACGCAAAGAAGCUGCCACACUUAUUCCAGCAGGGCGGCGUCUUCUACAACAUCGUUAAGAAAGACAUGGGCCUGAUGGACGGGAAGCACUGCACGCUGCCUCACCUCACAGGGAAAACCUUUGUUUAUAAUGCAGCAGAGGAGCGUUUAGAGCUCUGCGUGGACGCUGCCGGUCACUUCCCUGUUGGGCCUGAUGUAGAGGAACUGGUGAAGGAGGCCCUGGUGCAGCUACGCUCUGAGGCAUCCGGUAGGGGCAGUAGAGAGGGUAGUCCCUCUCAUGGCGUGCUGCGGCUGGGCAGCGGUGGCGUUGUUCGUAAAAAGGAGCAGCUGCAGAGUGUCACAGCCUUUCAGGGAAAAGGCCACUCUCUGGGCAGCGCCGGAGGCUCCUCACCACCAGAACACCGCCCUAUCACACGACAGCACAGCAGUGGCGUGGACCUGAGUGCCAGCGUGUCCCGAGGACCCCCGGACCUGUCGGACAUCCCCGAGGACACCACCAGGGAGCUGGUCCGCAUGGCUCCAGGCUUCGUCACCAUGAAGGACGGCCGUGGACUCGACCCCAGCCUGAUGGAGCAGCAGCGAAGGAAGCUGCAGGAAAUGGUGUCCUCCAUCCAGGCCUCCAUGGAGCGGCACCUGAAAGAGCAGCAGAGCACCGCCUCCGGGGGUAGGGCUGCCCAGGAGCCGACGGCUGGAAGCCAGGCGGGUGAGGACCAGUCGGUGUCCACGGCCGACCACAAACCGCCAGCUGCAGUGUCGACAACGGCAGCCAUCAAACCUGAGCAGAAGGUGGAGGAACCGGAGGAGAUGGACAGCCAGGACGCCGGGCAGAGUAACGCCACCGAACCCAUGGAUCACUCCUGAUCACGCCUGAGCCCCAGCACCGCCCCACCCCCGCACCCGCCUGACCGGCAUCUGUGGGUCAUAACACCUCAGGUCGGAUCCUCAAGCUUUGGUCUUCAUCGUGUUGCGUUGUCUUUACUGCAUGACUAAGAGCGGGCCGACUGUCCUCGCCGCUGCGAACUCCAGGUGGGACAGCCGUCGAUGAAGCGAUAUAUUGUGACGCGGUGUCUGCGAUAUGUCAUCGAUUCACCCGUUUCACAGAUCUGUUGCAGAAGCCGUUGCCAUGUGUGUUUACACUGUAUCCACUGUAGCUCGCCUGUCAGCACCGCUCUAUGAAAAUUUAACACGGUAAUGAAUAAAUACAACGAUGUGAUCCCCACGUUGAUUCAAAAUAAGUUUUUCUCUUAAGUUGAUGAUGUAUCGUGAACAACUGUCUCACAGUAUAUCGCAGAGUCGUCCAUAAGGUGACGGGAUUCUGUCGUUAGGCCUGCAGUUCCCACCUGCAGACGUCUAAUCCUCUCGCUGUGAACACUUACGGAUCUCCGAGGAGGAAAAUCCGGUGAGACGCAUUCCUGUAGAUAGAAGAAGUCUUAAUCUGCCACCAGGAAGGAGAGUAGCUGGCCGCCGCCAGCGUCGCGUCCUGCAAACAUGCUUCCGUCAAAGUGCACGCUCUGAAAAGUGCACCGGCCUCCGUACGCAUCAACGCCUUCAGAAUCUGCUUUCCACCCUCCGUUUGUCUGAGCUCUGCAGGGAGAACUCUGAUCUGUGUUUGCUUGAUUGUCUGAAUCCUCCUUGAUGACUUUAUAUUUUUACCUUUUUGCCCCUCUAACCAUCACCAGUUUAAUGGUUUAUAUUCUAGAAAAAUCAGAAUGAAGCCCCUCACAACCUCCAGGCACAGAACUAACUGCAGUUUCUAUUUGUUGCAUCUAAAAUUUAACCGCACGCUCUCAUCUCCACGUGUGACAUAUUGCAGUUUUGUGUGAUGCCACCUGCGCCUCAACAUCAGUAAUAAGGCGUCUGUCGAUAUCUGUGCCUGUAGCAGUAUUGAACAUGUGCUGUGCGAGACCUCCAAAGUCCACAUGAGCUGGUUUGUUAGUACAAGUUGUUUGGUGGUCCGCGUCCCAUUUGGACCGUUGUGUUUUGCACUUUUAAUUUUUUCUUCUGUUUUGUUUGUUGUUUACUUGACAUUUGAUUUGCUUUUUAGGUUGAUUGUAUGGAAAAGAUGGCCUUGUUGUAUUUGUGCUCUUUUUAUGGCUUUUUGAGCAUCAGAUGAGUGUAACCAUAUUUAAAUGAGAAGUUUUAUUGCUCAGUUACCACCUAACAGUAGCUGGUUUGAGCAGAAAGCUGCAUCCAUAAGCUGCACACAGGCACAGAUGUCUGGUGAUUAAUGCUAAUCAACAGACGAAUAAAAUACUGGAACGGUCUCUUAGCUGAUGGGUCGCUCGUCACAAUUUUAAACGUCAUUGAAAAAUUCUCCAGAAUGCUCCAACAGCACAAACACAGUCGAGAGGUCCAGUUCAGUGACUCUGAUUAGCUGAAGUCUAACAGCUACACCUGCCUGUGUCACCACCCACCUGUCAGGGCCACGCCCCCAUUAAUGCAAACUUUAAGCCUUAUCAGCGUCCAAAUGAAUAAGUUAAAUACGAUUAACAUUGUUCACAGUUCAUCAAAUUUUUAAUAUUUUUACUCGAGUGGCCAUUAGCUUCAUUAAUGGAUGUUUCUGGUUGGUCGGGCUUAGUUUGGGUUCCUGUGUACCCCACUUCACUGCCAGUGUGUAAAUGUGGGUUUGACAAAAAGUGUUACGUGUUAAAAACAAGAACUAAUUUAUUUCUCACAUAUUUGUUCCAGCUGCAUUUUUAUUCACCUUAUGUAUCCCAGGUUAAAUAUUUUAAAUUUUUAACACCUAAAUUUAAGUUUCAUCUGAUCUCCAAACACUGCAGAUUCAUGAGAAUCUGUGUAACUGUAGCAAUAAAAUGCCAAAGAUGUGUUAGAGAUGCACAUGUAGUCAACAAGAGUCACUUAUGAUUUUUUUUACUAUAAAAUUCCCCAGACCUCCUCGACACGACGUGUUUGAACAUAAAUGUUACGAUCCACUCUGCUCUGGACUAUUUUGUGUUUGUUAUUAAAACUCUUAAAAUCA